CAACAAGAUAAAAGUGAAAAAAUGGCUCAAACAUCCUCUCCUUCUCUUAAAGCUUCAUCAAGUGUUACCAAUGAUUUUCAAGCAGUUGUAAUGGCUCUAAUAUUAGUUGUUACAAUUGGAUAUUUUCUACUUUUGAUAGUAACACCAACCAAUAUGUAUAGACAGAUAUGGACACCCAAGAUUAAAGCUCACACAUCCACCUCCACUUACUUUGGAGCUCAAGGAAGGGCACUGUUGAUGAACACAUUUCCUCUCAUAUUUAUUGCUGUCUUGGGAUGUGUAUACCUCCAUUUAUGGAAGAAAUCCAAUGAUAAAAAUAUCAACAGAGUUGAAAAGAAACAAAAAAUGGCUAUAUGGAGGAGGCCAAUAAUCUUGAAGGGGCUAGGAAUUGUAUCAAGAAUAGAGCUUGGAUUUUUUGUGAUGUUCAUUGCACUCUUAGUUUGGACUUUUGCUUCUUACUUGCAUAUUAUCUUUCCCACUAUCACACCAAAAUCAGUAGCCAAAAGUGGAGAAAAAGUAUGGGAAGCCAAGUUGGAAGAUUCAGGGUUGAGGUUGGGACUUGUUGGAAAUAUAUGCCUUACAUUUCUGUUUGUUCCAGUCACAAGAGGCUCAUCUGUGUUGCAAGUCUUUGGUUUGACCUCAGAAGCUAGUGUUAAAUAUCAUAUAUGGCUUGGCCAUAUUGUAAUGACUCUUUUCUCUGCUCAUGGCAUUUGUUACAUUAUCUAUUGGGCUGCCACUCAUCAAUUGUCUGAGAUGCUUAAAUGGGCAAAAACUGAUGUCUCAAAUUUGGCUGGAGAGUUGUCAUUGCUUUCUGGAUUGGUAUUGUGGAUAGCAACAUUCCCUCGAAUUAGGAGAAAGAUGUUUGAACUCUUCUUCUACACUCAUCAUUUCUACAUUCUCUUCGUCAUAUUCUUCGUCUUCCAUGUUGGUGUCUCUUAUGCUUGCAUCAUGCUUCCUGGUUUCUUCCUCUUCAUGGUUGAUCGAUACUUGAGAUUCUUACAAUCGCGAUCAAAUGUUCGUUUAGUCUCUGCUCGAGUUCUACCAUGUGAAACUCUUGAGCUGAAUUUCUCCAAGACUAAAGGUUUAAGUUACACACCAACUAGUAUCAUGUUUGUGAAUGUACCUAGCAUUUCAAAAUUGCAAUGGCAUCCUUUUACAAUCACUUCAAGCAGUAAGUUAGAGCCAGAGAAGAUCAGUGUUGCCAUUAAAGGUGAAGGAAGUUGGUCCAAAAAGCUCUACCAGAUCAUCUCUUCCCCUAAUUCCGUCGAUCGUCUUAAUGUCUCUGUUGAAGGACCUUAUGGACCUGCUUCCACACAUUUUCUAAGGCAUGAUUUAUUGCUUAUGGUGAGUGGAGGAAGUGGAAUUACACCUUUCAUCUCCAUAAUUAGGGAGCUAAUCCACACAAGUGAAUCACAAAAAUGCAAGACACCAGAAAUCCUACUCAUCAGUGUGUUCAAGAACUCACAAGACCUGACCAUGUUGGAUCUUCUCCUUCCUAUUUCUGGUGCUCCAUCAGAAACUUGUAAGUUGGGCCUACAAAUUGAGGCUUUUGUAACAAGAGAAAAGCAACCCAUAUCAGCAGAAGACAAGAAGGACUUGAGGACAAUAUGGUUCAAACCCAGCCCAUCUGAUGAGCCCAUCACUCCAAUUCUUGGCCAAAACAAUUGGCUAUGGCUUGGUGCUAUUAUAUCAUCUUCCUUCAUUAUUUUCUUGAUUGCCUUGGGGGUCUUGAAUAGAUAUUACAUAUAUCCGAUCGACAAAAAUACCAAUGAUAUAUACUCAUAUCCAAUAAAGGCUGUGCUGAAUAUGCUGAUCAUUUGCAUAUCUAUAGUCAUCACAAGUAGUGCAGCAUUUGUUUGGAAUAAGAGACAGAGUGGGACUGAUGCAAAACAGAUUCAGAACAUGGAAGGUGCAACUCCUAUGGCUUCACCUAAUUCUUGGUUCUAUAAUGCUGAUAGGGAGAUGGAGAGUUUGCCCCAACAGUCACUUUUUCAAUCAACUAAUCUCCAUUUUGGUGAAAGGCCUGACCUCAAAAGGCUUUUGUUUGAGAGAAAAGAAUCAAGUGUUGGAGUUUUAGUGUGUGGCCCCAAAAAGAUGAGACAUGAAGUUGCAAACAUAUGUUCAUCUGGUUUAGCAUCCAACCUUCAUUUUGAGUCAAUCAGCUUCAGUUGGUGAUUUUUUAUUUUAAUUUUUUACCCUCAUAAUUUCAAGAGGCUAUAAUGCAUUAUAAUGCAAUGGAAAAAUAAGAUACUACUAUUUUUGUUUGUUUGUGUGGUUAUGGUCUGGUUGAUUGAGUUUUGAAAGUGCUCCUCUGAUAUGUUUCCUUUGUACU